AACUACACGUCCCACAAUACUUACGACUUCCUGUUUUAGUUUCUGAAGCGAGAUGAUUACGUAAGCAGUGUAAAAAAGACUCAUCAUUAGCGACUUCAACUUGUAAAGCGCCUUGAAACUAAAUGCCCACAUUAAGUUAUUUUGGGUUUAUGACUUCGGGCAAUCAUCAAGUACUGUUUAAUAAAAUACAUAAAGCAAGAAUAAAUAGAUGUGUCAAUUACUCACAAUUGGCCUACAAUUGGCUAGAUAGACCAAAGAGAGGGUCAAAAACUUGAUAGAAAUUUUUCAAUGUAUUUGAUGUAAAAAUCUUGUGAGUAUUAUACAUGGACCCCAAAGAAAGUAAACCUUUAAAACUCAAACAAAUGUAUCAUAUGUCAGGUGAAGAUACAAAUUUAGUUUUUUUGUUUAUUCAAAUUUGAUUUUCCCAAUAAAAAUAGGAAUAAAAGCUGGUAGGUGUAAAAAUAACAUAACAAAUGUAUUUAAAAUUGGAAAACAUAGUAUUGUUUUUACAAAAUCUGUGGUGAUACUCUUUCUAUAGUCUCAAUUAGAAGUAUCUGGCAACACAUGUUAAUACGAAAUGUAACUUUUAACAAAGUCAUUUAUAUUUACCACUUUUUAUGUCCUUAUUUAAUGUAAUUUUAAACACAUUACACUGUGAUAAACAAAUAUGAAGUUAAAUAUAAGCGAUAUUGUCUCAAUGCAUUUUGCCACUUAAAAAUGUAUUAAAUUUGUUUUGUUAUGUGGUGCAUGUAACAAAACAUGUGUCAAUUAAUUUUUAAGUUUAAAAUGUCAAUAAUUUUAACCCUGUAAUGAGACUGCCUUAUGUUAUCUUGUCACUAAGAGUUUUAGUUUCUUAAAAUACUGAUUAAGAUCAUAUAUUUAAUAUUAGACCAGACCCAUUUAUAUAUUUAUAAACAUGAUUUCAUCAUUUAAAAUGUGAGUAGGCCUGUCAUAUUACAGUAACAUGAUUAGCUAAAUGGAUGAGAUAUAUAUUUUGUUAUUAACCGUUCAAAAUGAUUGUUUUUAUUAUUGUUACAAUUAUUGAUAAAAUUGUAUUAUUCUUAUAUGAAAAAAAAUGAACGACAAAACUUCUGCUCAAAGGUCAAUCUAUGGAGUUUAUCUUAAUGAUAAGCCUAAAACACUGCGUAAAUAUCACUUUGUACCUAAGAUAAAGAGUUCAUUGAAAGUUGUCAGUAAAAUUUUUCCGGUGUUAUAAAUCUGCACUUUGUUAGUUUAAGGAAGCCUUCUGCCGCUUGUUUCUGUUCAAAUGAGAAAGUGGUCGCCCCUCUCCGGUAUGGGCGUGGCAGAAAUACUUGACGGCUUCGCACAUGCGCACAUCAUUUCGAGUAUCGCUUUAGUGAUCACACACAGCAAUGGGCAGUAAGCAGACAGCACAACAGCACUCUACGUAUGGCCACAAUAGAUAUGCCACUUACUAGGCAGCUUGUGGUGAUUUCAAAACAGACGAAGAAUGUCCCAAUCGGUGGAAUGGUGGGAGGCGUGACGAGUUUGUCCUGUUUUUCUUCUUGCUUUUGAAAUGAGAGCUUAGAUCACUGACUGAUCAGAGAGGGAGGGAGGUGGCCAUCAUCCCCUGGCCAUCAUCAAUCUCAAGAGCACCCGGCGCCAUCGCAUCACACAGCUUUGUGUUUCAGUAAGUUACAACCAGUAUGGCGUUAAAAUCUGAGGCAAACCCAUACAAAUUCCGUAAGGAUGUCGCGUAAUUGUGUGUGGCUGAGCUCGAGUCUCGGCUAAGCUUCAAAGGGUGGGCAUCUGUUUCACAAGAGAUCUGCAGUGUGGCAUGAGCAUUUUCGUUGAGGAAGGCUCACCAGUAACUGGUUGCAAGUGUCUUCAUUGCUCAUGCAUGUGUUAGCAUAAUGUUGCCAGGCGUUGGUGUAUUUGGAACAGGGCAGACAGUGCGUGCCCUGGUGCCGUUGCUCCAAAAAGAAGGCUUCCCUGUUCAGGCCGUUUGGGGACGUACACAAGAGGAGGCAGAAUCACUGGCCAAUGAGUUGGACAUUCCCUUCUCCACCAGCAAAACAGACGAUGUACUGCUACAUCCAGAAGUCCAUCUUGUCUGUAUAUUGACACCACCACCACACACACGGCAGAUCGCAGUAAAAGCUCUAGGUAUAGGUAAAAAUGUGAUCAGUGAGCAGGCGGCUACAUUGAUGGAUGCUUGUAAGAUGGUGACAGCGGCCAGAUAUUACCCACAGCUUAUGAGUAUUAUGGGAAAUUCCUUGCGCUUCUUGCCCGCCUUUGUCCAAAUGAAACGCAUGCUGGGGGAAGGUUAUUGUGGGACCUUGCAGGUAUGUGAAGCACGUGUAUAUGGAGGCUCAUUGCUCAGUCAGUCAUAUGGAUGGGCAUGGGAGGAGCUUAUGGGUGGAGGUGGCCUUCAUACUGUUGGCUCUUGCAUCAUUGACCUGAUGAGCCAUCUGACAGGGCGUCGGGCCAUUCGGGUUCACGGAAUGCUCCGGACUUUUGCACGUCAGGGUGGUCAAGGGGGAGGAAUUCGUUCUGUAACUGCGGAUGACUACGCUUGCUUUCAGCUACUGAUGAGUGGAGGUGUGGUCUGCAGCGUGACGUUAAACUUUAAUUUGCCCGGCACAGAUAUGCAUGAGGUCAUGCUUGUGGGUUCAUCAGGGCGUCUGAUUGCUCGAGGAACGGAGCUAUAUGGUCAACGGACCAGCAUGCAGAUAGAGGAGAUUCUUCUGAGUGAUGAUGGAGGAGGAGUAGGGCCAUCUGUCAGGGGACUGAACGCCAUGGUGACUCAGCUCAGACUUUCUUUUCAGGCACAGGAGGACAGGCGCUCUUGGGUGCGGCACCCUGUUUCCAUGGCAGCCUCAUUUGAGGAUGGCCUAUAUGUACAGACUGUUGUCGAUGCCAUCAAACGGUCAAAUCGCACUGGAGAGUGGGAGUCAGUGGAGGUCAAGAUCCAGGACGUGGAUCCUAACCACAACCACUGAGCCCUAUCACACUAAAAAACACACACUGUUACAUACUACAUAUACAAUUUACUAUGCCUAAGAAGAUUAGGCCUGGUAACAUUAUAGACCCAAGUUUACAAUAAAAAACUACGUUCGAAUUUUAAACCUAAAGAGCCUGAAUGCAUAAAACAUUAUUAUUGAUAUAAAUUUAUCAGUGGACUUCUGUGCUUGAUAAGCAGAAAUGUUUUAGUUUCAGGGCUGUUUUGUUUCUUAUUUACUGUAACACAAAUAAGAUGUGUGAAGCUUAGCUGUGAAACUCUUACUAAUUUUAUGUUGUUUAAAUUGCAUUAUUCUGCCUAAGUUUGAGCUCAUUUUUAUAUUUGUAUGAGUACUGAUUAUAAGGUUUAUUUCUGCUGAUGUUUUGUAUAUGCUAGAAAGUUCAGUGGCACUGAUUUACUUCCUAUGCUGGACACUAGAAAUCAUUACUGUAAUAUGCCUGUGACUUAAAAAAAAGUAACGUCCAGUGUAUUGGACAUGUAAACGGUUCUAAUAAGCUGCACAACGUUUCUUGAAUUAUAUUUUAUUGCAACAUUUGUGUCUGUUCAUUGUUUAAGAGUGACUGUUGGGCUAUGUAUGGACUGUUUUUAUUGUUGUAUAAUAAUAAAUAUUUACCUAAUUUAAAUAUAACAAAACGUGGGGUUGACAAAUAACGUUACCUGCAAAAU